AAGAACCCCAACCGUUCCACGGCCGCAACCCUCAGUGUUAGACUUUAUUGGCAGUGCCUGAUCCGGGAUCGGAGAUACGGCAAUCUGUGGGGUUUGUAUGAUUUGGGGUAGAGCCGCCUGUGGCGGGCGCGCCUUCCCAAUGCUGGUGCGGGGUCCAGCUCCGUCCGACUCCGACCACCAAACAACCCAUCAGCGAGCCCAAACUCCAACCCAGCCUCUAGCUGAACCCUACAACGUUGACAAUGUGAGAGAGAGAGGCAGUUGAGGGCAGGCCUAUUCCCGAACGUCGGUGCCGCGUGCCGCCCAUGAUCGCCUCCGUGCCCUCCUGUUCUGCCCUCCUCGGCCACAUCGUUCGAAUACAUUGACCCUGCUUCGCCCGCUCCCACCCGUCGCUGCCAAAUGUCGCCCGUAGCCGCCGCGCCGGACCUACACGCCGUUAUAUCCAGCAGAAUCACCAAGAGAUCCUCUAACGCAUGCGCCCGCUGUCGUCGCCAAAAGAUCAAGUGCAGCGGCGCCCACCCCUGUGCCGCAUGCAGCAGGCGCAAGCUGUCGUGCGAUUUUGACGACCAGGAUCAGAAGAUUCUCGUCACGAAAGGAUAUCUCACGUCUCUGCAGGAGAGGAUCGCCAAUCUCGAGCAGAAUGGCGGACAGCGCCUAUAUGCGGACGCAGAGAACUCCGCGCCCCGUGUUCAGAGCCAGGAGGCUGAUGCCACAGUCGAAACUAGCGUCGUCACACGACUAGAUGUCGCCGAUGGCCUGGGGCAGGAGGUGCAGGUCGCAUCCGUCGGCGACACGUCGCAGCACGGCUCGCUCGAGUCCGACGUGAGCUCCCUUGUCAACCCCUUUUCGUCUGGGCCGUCGGCAUUCAUGACGUCUGAGAGCGGACGUAUUUACUAUCUCGGCACGUCGUCCAACUGGUCCUUCACUCGCCGCCUCCUCAGCGUGACGUACGAGCACGUCCACAAGCGGCCCAUUCCGCCCACGGCGCUGCUCUUCGACGGCGAGACCUACGACCUCGGCUGGCAGAGCGACCGCGCGGCCACGUCGGCCGCUGCUCUUCCCACCAUCGAUUACGCCACCCAUCUAGUCAACACGGUGCGCUUCCACUGCGGCCAGGUGUUCCACCUGUUCGACGAGGAUGUCUUUAUGGGCCAUCUGCGUGACCAUUAUGCCGACUCCAUGCAGAGGUGUCCGGCGCGGGACCUGUGGCUGGUUCACUUCCAACUCAUCCUCGCCUUCGGAAAGGCCUUUGCCACGAAGCCUAGGCAUGGGAGUCGUCCGCCCGGAGUGGGCUUCUUCGUCAACGCCCUGCAUUCCCUGCCAAACAUGACGGUUCUAUGGAGAGACCCCGUCCAGGCUAUUGAGAUUCUUUGUUGCGUCGGCCUCUAUCUUCAUUGUAUCGACUACCGGAGCUCGGCAUACAAUUAUAUUGGGCAGGCAGUGCGCAUGGCCAUGAGUCAAGGCUUGCAUACAGACGUGCCCAUAGAGCAACUGGGCGAAGCUAUAGUCCAGAGAUAUCGCAAGGUUUGGUGGACCGUCUACGUCCUUGACCGUGAGAUGACGUCCUUGAUGGGGCUCCCGCAGUCUGUUCGCGACGAGGAUGUCCACACUCAGCUGCCCACAUUUCAAGGCGACCCGUUUCGCACCGUGGCGUUCAUUAUGCGGACCAAGUUGUCACACUUUAUCGCGAGCAUCGACCGAGCAGUCUACAGGCCAGACGGGCGGUUAGACAACAAUUUUUUGAUGCGCACAAAGGACGCACUGGCGGGCCUAGCCGGGCUCACGGACGAGCUGCAUGAGCGCUUUCCCCUGCUACUUGACAAUGACGAGAGCGGCAUCUCGAGGCUCUCGGCCCAUCUACACCUUCUAUAUAAUCAGGUACGGCUAAGUCUAAACGCACCUGGGCGCCAGAUUCAGGGGCUAAUCGUGCAGUGCAUCGUGCUGGCUACGCGGCCGCUCCUGUUUUGCUUCUUCCAGAUCCGUCUCGAGUCCCUCGGCUCGUGCCUUGAUCUUCUGAACACGUCAUCGACUGUCCGAAGCGUGCUGCAGAUGUGUCUCGACUCGUCGCAACACGUGGUGUCCAUUCUGGAAUGCCUACAACACCAGGGUCUACUGGAGACGUUCUUGUCCUUUGAUCUGGAGGCCCUCUUCAUCUCAACCACCAAUAUACUGGUGGCUCCGACGCUGUACCCUGACUCGGCCGCGAGCUGGGCCCAAUGGCGCCACAAGGCGCACAUGGUUUACGACGAGCUAUCGAGAAGUGGCAACUUAAUUGCGCAGGCUGAGCAGUCGGAACUAGAGCGUCUGGGCGGGAUGCUCGACAGCAUUGAUUCCAGCCCUGCAAGGAACGUCAGCAACCCGCCCCCGAAUCACGCCGAACCGUCAUCAAUCGCGCAUUCUGAAGCAGCCCCAGGCGAGCUACAUCCCCCUCUUACUAUGCCUCCGACCCCAUUCCCCGGGGGCAGUCUAUUUGAUGAGAAUUACUUUGGCACGGAGCUGUCAGCGGCGCAGAUCAUGGACAUGGUGAACUCUAUUGACAGCGGGCACACGCAGUGGGUGUCGCAAGCGAUGGUUGAACACGGUAUCUGAUCAACGUUGGGGCUCAUUCUUGUAUAUUUUAAUGUUAAUGUUAGGAGAUGUGGAAAUCGUCAUGUUGAUCACGCUGUUGCGCUCUACAGCUUCGGCCGGGACGGC